GAUUUUAUUAAGGAACCUGUGCGGGGGUCUUCUUCUUAUAGGGGGAGUCCCCAAACAUGCAAUAUAUCGUUCAAAGAACAGGAACACGGUCAAUGCCCGACUGGGUUUGACGAUUCUUCGUCGAAUUCCUAUUGGGUUUAUGACUAAAUUAAACAUCUACAGCGUUUUUACGUUUUUCUUCGUAUUUGACUUUGAGUUUGCGUAUAAUUCUGAUGCACCCCGAAUCUUUGUGCAUUCGUUUUCUGUUCGUUGUCGUUUGCCUCCUUUAACUGGCGUUCUAUAUGUUUGAUUUCGUCAAUCUCAAAGUUCUGCACCUCUUCUUUUUCUUUUCAUCUGGGUAGAUUCAAAGAGAUAGAGAGAGCGUAUCUUUUUGUUAAUCUUACUUUGUCGAAUAGAGUAUUCCUUCAAACCCAAAAGAGAGGAAAAAGAAAAGGUGUUGCGUGGAGUAUCUUUCUUUUCGAGACUGGGAAGAUUGUGGCUUUUUCAGCAAUUUCGUUUCUUCUCUGAUCCGGGUCUCUCUGUCUCCACCGUUCUUGAUUUGUUAGAGGUAAAAAGUUCAUCAGCUAUGCACAGAUAACAUUGUGCAUUAUGGGUUGGUUCAACAAAAUUUUUAAAGGCUCUAACCACAGAAUUUCAGAAGAAAAUUAUCAUGGGAGUUAUGGGGAGGAUUCUCAUUAUUAUGCACCUUCAACUUCAGGGGAUAUCUGGUCGGAGCAGGAGAGUGAAGAUAUUGAUCGUGCCAUUGCAUUAUCCCUUUUGGAAGAAAAUCGAAAGGGCAGAAAUGUAACCGAUAAUAAAUCUCAGAUAGAAGAAGAUGAGCAGUUUGCCAGAGCCUUACAAGAAAGCUGGAACUCUGAACCUUCUCCCCAGUUUGGACAUGGAAAUGGAAAUAUGCCCCUAUAUGGACAUGGAAAUGGAAAUGUGCCCCAGUUUGGACAUGGAAAUGGAAAUGUGCCUCAAUAUGGACAUGGAAAUGUAAAUGUGCCCCAAUAUGGACAUGGAAAUGGAAAUAUGUAUCAACCAAUGCCAGUCCACUUCCCAAUGGGUUUCAGGGUUUGUGCUGGUUGCAAUAUGGAGAUUGGCCAUGGACGAUUUCUAAAUUGCCUAAAUGCAUUUUGGCAUCCAGAAUGUUUCUGUUGUCAUGCCUGUAACCUACCAAUUUCUGAUAACGAGUUCUCCAUGUCUGGGAAUUACCGUUUUCAUAAAUCUUGCUACAAGGAGCGGUUCCAUCCCAAAUGUGAUGUUUGCCGGCACUUUAUUCCGACAAACCCUGCUGGUCUUAUUGAAUAUAGGGCACAUCCUUUUUGGAUUCAGAAGUAUUGCCCUUCUCAUGAACAUGAUGGUACUCCACGAUGUUGCAGCUGUGAACGAAUGGAGUCACGAGAGACUGGAUAUGUUGGCCUUAAUGAUGGACGAAAGCUUUGCUUAGAAUGUCUGGAUUCUGCCGUCAUGGAUACCAACGAGUGUCAGCCCUUGUAUCUUGACAUACAAGAAUUUUAUGAAAGUAUAAACAUGAAAGUGGAGCAACAAGUUCCAUUACUCUUGGUUGAGAGGCAAGCUUUGAACGAAGCUAGAGAAGGAGAAAAGAAUGGUCAUUAUCAUAUGCCAGAGACAAGAGGGCUGUGUCUUUCUGAGGAACAAACUGUUAGCACUAUUCUAAGGCGACCAAGGUUUGGGACAGGAAAUCGAGCCACAAAUAUGAUUACAGAGCCCUAUAAAUUGACACGUCGAUGCGAGGUGACCGCUAUUCUCAUUUUGUACGGUCUUCCAAGGUUGCUUACCGGGUCAAUUCUUGCUCAUGAAAUGAUGCAUGCAUGGAUGCGACUUAAAGGUUUCCGCAAUCUCAGCCAAGAUGUUGAAGAGGGUAUUUGUCAGGUGCUAGCACACAUGUGGUUAGAAUCUCAGCUUGCAUCAGGCUCAAGUGCCAAUGCAGCAUCAAGUUCAUCUGCGACACCUUCCAGAAUUUCCAGGAAGGGAGGUGAAAGAUCUCAGUUUGACAGGAAACUUGGCGAGUUUUUCAAACACCAGAUUGAAUCGGACACUUCCCCAGUGUAUGGUGAUGGAUUCAGAGCUGGUCAUCAUGCAGUUAAUAAGUAUGGCCUUCAAGCAACCCUCGAGCAUAUUCGGAUGACUGGGGGAUUUCCCUUUUGAAGUCCCAAAAUCCUCAUGCUUACAACAAAUACUUAUUUCUUUCAAUGAUUUGUAUAGCUUUUGGUCUUGUCCUAUUAGAAUCUAAGGCCGAAGCACACAAAACCCUUUGUCCAUAGAAAUUAGAUCCUAGAUAGGCCUAUUUAUGCCUCUUGGUUGUAGAGGAUAAUGCUUAUUUUUUUCUGAUAAAUUAAUAAGAUGACGAUUUAUCGUAACUUCUCCG